AUGAAGCCCAAUAUGGCACAAGGAAACGCUGAUAUACCUGAUGACUUUGAGAUGCCAAUCAGCGCGUUCGACAUUCCGCGCUGUUAUCAAGGCGAUCUUUCAGCAGUGGUCAUAACCGAAGGACUUGUUCGUGAUCGUGUCAGACGGCUAGCGAAAGACAUCCACGAAACAAUAGGUGAAAGUCAAUUGUCAUUGCUUUGUGUGCUUAAAGGAUCGUACAAAUUUUUCAAUGCUUUGGUAGAUGAACUCUCCAAUGCACGAUGGUCGUGCCAAGAACCGAUGACAGUAGAUUUCAUUCGCUGCAAAAGCUACGAGAAUGACACUAGUUCAGGAACACUUCAAAUCAUUGGGAUGAGUAAUCUCGAGGAGCUACGAGGGAAGAAUGUUUUGGUUGUAGACGAUAUAGUAGACACUGGUUUCACAUUAUCAAAACUUGUCCACACUUUAGAACAGUACGGGACAAAGAAAGUAUGGACUGCCUUACUUCUUUCCAAACGCGUGCCACGGAAGGUUCAGGUUGCAGAAGACUUCGUAGCUUUUUACAUCCCUGACAAGUUUAUUGUUGGUUACGGACUCGACUAUAAUCAGAAAUUCCGCGAUCUCAAUCAUAUAUGUGUGAUGAGCCCCGCUGGAGUAGAAAAAUAUAAGAACAGUGGAUAA